GGAGCUUCAGCUUUGAUCGGGGGAAGCUCUCAGCGAACUCCCGUCUGCAUCUUCCUUGAUUCUUCGUUGUCCAUGUGCCCUUGGAUGUCCAGAUCUUGAGCUCCAGCUUGAUUCGUACAAUCUUCUACUCUCCGCAACGACCAAUUGUCCCCCAGACCAAAUGGAUUCACCACUGAUCGAGGUCUGGCACGCCGCGUCUGGCAGCCCGUUUCUCCCCACUGUUGGCAAAGGCACACAGUUCUUCGUUGCUUCCCUCCUCCUCCUCAUCGGCUUUAGUUUGACUGGCGCCUUUACCCUCAACCGGUCCAUCGUCAAUCUCCUUCUCUUGGGCAUCCCGGCUUCUUUGGCCUUUGCAUUCGGUGUUGUUUACAUGUUCUGCGCGGUCGGAGUUUACGUUUAAUAUUGAGAUACCCUGGAGAUCAAUAAAAGAAGAACAAGAAGAAGAAGAAGAAGAAGAAGAAGAGAGCAGUCUCCUCGCCCUACGGACUCCGCGGGAUUCUGUACAAUACAUAGAGUCAUUUACUAAAAAGCAAGCCGAUUUCUGAACAUCAUACGCAUAACACGCCAUCUUUUCCUCUCCACUUAUUACACACAGAUCUUCGGCAUCACUUGCCAGCAACAUGUCACAACCGACUCAAGACGCCGGCCCUCCCUUGUUCAGGGCAGUCGCCAGCUCCACGCGCCCGCUCUACCAGCUACUAAAAGCAGUCGGCUUUACCAACAAGAUCCACGUCGAAAUCACCCCCGAGGGCCUCAGAUUCAGCGCCGAUCAUGCCCGCGUCAUGCAAGGCGCCGCCCACUGGAACAAGAACCUCUUCGCCAGCUAUAC